AUGACAGCCUGUCUUACCUUUCCUUUUCAGCUGACAAGGUCUUCGCUCUCCUGUCUCAAUGGUCCACCUGGGCGCAGAAUCAACAACCAUUGGACCGACUGCAAUGGACAAGGACCAUACCCACAUGGGGCGAAAUGUGAAUAUACUUGCCGGCUGGGGUACGGCAUAGUCUCCGGCAGCAGAACCAGAUUCUGUCGUAAUGGAGCCUGGACUGGUUCACCUCUAGUCUGUGGCGGUGGGACCACUUGCCGUUCUCCGCCUACUGUGCUGAACACCAUCAGGAGAGGCUGUUACCCCCGUUAUGAACAGGGGGAGGUCUGUCGCUACUCGUGCCGUCCUGGAUACAGUCGAGUCUUCGGUAGCACCUCUAAAGUUUGUCGUUAUGGCAGCUGGGUGGGAACCGACCUGGUCUGUAGGUAUACAGCGACCCUGUCCUGCUCUUCUGCGCCGCCCCUCCGAACCUGGAGCUACAUGUACGGUUGUUACGUGCCCUACACUCACGGGAAGACUUGUCACUUCGGCUGCCGCUCCGGCUACCCUCAAACCGGUAGCAGGUCCAGGACCUGUCGCAACGGGGUGUGGACUGGGACACCGCUGACCUGUGUCGCACCAUACUGGUAGAUCGCCAGUGCGACAGUGAAGUGUUGGAAACACUGUGGAUCCACAUGGCUAAGAUAUACCAACGGCUCUAGUCACUCUUGUUUAAAGUUCACCCAAUCUAUGUCUAAGAAGUUUUUAGAAUAAGACUCAUUCUGUGUCUUG